UUUCGCUUCCUGCAUCCAUUAUUUUCUACGUAUUUAUGAAACAGAGAAACAUGAGUUCGAGCGGACAUACGAAGAAGUCGGUGGGGCAAGGGAUUCCGCUGCCAGCACCCGCCGACUGGAGCACGGACUUUGAGCAGCGUCAGACUGUCGACUCGGGGCUGCCGUACGAGGAGUUCACAGGCGCUUUGGAGAUUUCACCCAGCGACCCGCAGCAGUACCGUCUCUUACGCCUUCCAAACAACAUGGUGGUUCUAUGUAUCCAGAACAACGACACGCUUCAGUCCAGCGCAUGUCUGUCGCUGCAUGCCGGAAGCAUGGCAAACCCGCCAGAGUUCCUCGGGAUGGCUCAUUUCUGCGAACACCUGUUGACCAUGGGCUCAAAGAAGUACCCGAGCGAGAAGGAGUACGCACAGUACUUGACAUCCAACGCCGGGUACUCGAAUGCUGAGACAUCCAUGUACGACACAAAGUAUUUCUUCAAGGUGUCCGAUAAGGCAUUUGAGGGCGGCCUCGACCGCUUCGCGCAGAUAUUCAUCGAUCCACUCUUCAACGCCAGCUCGGUCGAGCGUGAGCUUAAUGCCGUGCAAUCCGAGUUCAAUGGGCUGACGUCAAACGACAUGUGGCGCGCAUUCAUGAUUAGCAAGCGGCUGUGUAACCCAAACCACCCGUUCAGUCGGUUCUGCGUUGGCACCAUCGACACGCUACAGGGUGAAGCCGAGAGGCGCGGGGCCGAUCUGCGCGCCGAGAUGAUCAAGUUCUACGAGCAGUACUACUCCAGCGAUAUCAUGCGCCUGGUAGUCUACAGCAGCCAUUCGCUGGACCAGCUGACCGAGUGGGCUGUCAGCAAGUUCUCUGCUGUCGCAAGCAAGGGCGAUACGAAGGUCAAGCUGCCCGGUCACCUGCUGACCAAGACAGAGGUGGGCAAACUUAUCCGGAUCCAGACUGUCGCCAGCACGCGCAGGAUCAGGCUUGAGUUCCCAGUUGAGAAUCCGCAUCCGUGGUUCAGAGUGAAGCCAUUCGCGUAUCUGACAAGCCUGCUAACGCAUGGCGGACCUGGCGCACUUGUGCAAUACCUGAAGGUGCGUGGGUUGGCGCACGGCAUCGAGUCUGAUCUGAUUUCCGAGGUCCGCUUCUGCGAUAAUAUACUGGCCAUAGAUAUCAUGGCCAGCGAGGAAGGAAUGGAGCACUGGCAGGAUGUUGUACGGGCUGUGUUCGCAUAUAUCCAGGUUCUGCAAAAAGCCGGCCCGCAGAAGUGGUUUUACGACGAGAUCAGCGUUUCGCGAGAGGCCAAAUUCAAGUUCAAGGAGACCGAGUUUGCGAUGCACAUAGUCACAUCGCUGGCGGAUCAUCUGCAGGAUGAGUAUGUCGCACCCUCAAACGCUGCCUCGACGCAGGUACAGCUGCGCGAGUUCAACGCACCACUGAUUGCGCAUUACACCGACAUGCUCAAUCCAGACAACAUGCGUGUAAUCUUGGUACAGCAGGAUUUCGACAUUGAGCUUCCCGAGACCGAGCCGUACAUGGGCGCAGCAUACCGCACCGAUGCAAUUCCCAGCGAGCUACUGGACGACCUGCAUGGCGAGCUUGUGUAUGAAGGUUUGUAUAUGCCUGGCCGCAACAAGUUUAUCCCCAAGAACCUGGAGGUGCAGAGGCCGGCUGUGCUGCCGCUGUGGUUCAAGCGCGACGACCAGUUCUUUUUGCCGCGCGGAGACAUCACCCUGAAUAUCGAGGUUCCCAAGCUCGGUCGCUCGCCUCGGAUGACCGUCAUGGGGUACAUCUACGAGUACAUUGCAUUGGCUGGUGUGUACUAUUCGAUUGAUAUGGGGUAUGAGGGCAUCUACCUCACCGUCUAUGGACUCUCAGACAAGCUGCCGCUGCUGCUCGACACGGUCCUCAAGGCACUAAAGUCGACCAAGGUGGACCAGAAGCUGCUGGAUGCGGCGAAGGUUCUGCACCUCGACCACUUCAAGAACAAGCUGAAUGACAGCGCUAGUGUGUAUGCUGCUAGGGAGAUCCAGUAUAUGUCAUAUACACCGGACUGGAUGCCAAAGGCCAUUUUGCGGGAAAUCGACUCGAUUACGGUCGACAAGAUCCAAGAGUUCGCCGACACAUUGUUUGACAGUUCGCGAAUCAAGAUGCUGGUAGUUGGCAACCAUUCCGAGCAAGAGGCAUUGGAUAUUGGCGAUAUGGUCAUUGAUUCUUUGGGAUGCACGCCGUUGCCACAGCACCUUCGGACUGCAAGGCAGACGCACUGGAUCGAGGCUGGCUUCAUACCUGCCUCCAACAGCGCUGUCAAUUUGCGCAUCUACAUGCGCGAUCUGCCAGACAUUAAAUCUCAGGCCAUGGGCCCUCUGUUAUCCCAGAUCAUCCAGCUACGCACGAAGGAGCAGCUCGGAUAUAGCCUAGAUGCUAUAGCCACCGUAUCCUCCGAGUUCGAACUCAUGGGCGAGAGCAACCCGGCGUACCUCCUUUUGCGCAUUCGGCAGGAUGAGUUGACCAGGUGCAUCGAGGCGUUGGCUGAGUCGUGGAUAGAGAAGAAGCGCAACCAGACUCAAGAGGGGACCAGCUUCUGGUCCUGCAUCAUGUCGGGAUACUACAUGUUCGAUGUUGAUGAGCGGUACGCCGAGAGCCUGAAGAGCGUUACCAGAGACGAUCUGGAUCGAAUACCAGUGCAGGACUGCACCGAAAUCGCGGUGCAGGUGUGGUCGCCCAAGCUUCCGAUGCCUGCAACCGAGGAUGUGGCCAGAUACCCAGCCACUGCCAUUGCCUUGCACCAGUGUCUGCAGCAGGACAAUGCGACCGAGCUCUCGCUGGACGCUGUGCACAGGCUGGUAGAUGGCAUUGCGGCUUCAUCCGAUGAGCCCUUUGACACGCUGCUGGCUCGCUGCGUGGACAUGGCCAAGCGCGGCAUCGAGGACGGGUUCAGCUCCAAGACCCUGGCAGAUAUUGACGCCAUGAGCAGCAGGCUGAGCGAGCCUGGCUCGCGCGUGCGGACCGCGCUGGCAAUGGCUGUCGAGCACGCAGCUGCCACUGCAAGGCGCACCAACGGCUUCGUCAAGGGCCACAGCCGCCUGCGGAUCAGCGAGUUUGGCGACUUCCGCAACAUCGGCAUGCUGCCGUCGCCUGACAACGUGUGGGUCGUGCCCGAUUCAUUGGCGUUCAAGAACGCGCAGACGCUGCUUGGCCUGCCGGUCCCGGCUCAGAGGCUUGUGCCCAAGUACCAGUGACCGACAAAUCCGAGCCGAGCCGUGCCAUGGCUUUUAUUAGUGGGAUGAAAAUUUUUUCUCUCGAUCGGGGAUUGUGCGAGCCGAUGGUCUCCCCAAAAAAAUUUACUCGGCCUACCCGAUCCUGAGCUGCUCGCCCCUUCGUCCCUUUUGCCUUACGUUUCUUGUCGCUCUCUAAUUUACAGUCGGUAACGCAACUAAAUCACAAAAUGCUUCUGUAUAACGAUAUCAUCUCUGGUAACUAUCACUGCUGAAACAGCACUCCAAUACCAACGGCGCCCAUGGUGCACGGCCAUUUGCGGCAGAUGGUCUGAAUUCAAUAAGCUAACCCUUGCCUCCCUGUAUCUAGGUGACGAGCUCUUCUCGGAUGCCUACCCCAUCACCGAGGUCCCGGGUGCCUUCGAGGUCGACUGCGCCAUGGUCCAGACCGGUGGCGAUGUCAUCGAUA